AGGUAGAAAAAGAAGGCCCAAAAGUGGGCCCAGUAAAUUAUAGGGGAUAGCUAUACCGGUAGGCAGAGUAAAUGCAAGAACGAAAAAUCUGGCUGGCUCUGGCCCCCGACUCACUACUCAGCUUGAGCCUGAAGCCUGAAGCCUGAAGCCUGAACCUGAGCUUCCUCCUCGUAUCACCUCCUUGCAAUUUGCGUCUAACCCUCUUUUUUAUUCCUCCACUUGAUCAAACGAACAAAAACAUUAAAAUCAUUUGAUUUUGUUGUUCUCUCAGCCCAUUCGCCGUUACCCAAUCAUUGCAUUUUUCCCACAUCAGAUCCUUUCUUAACGCUUACCAUUUUAGCCAUUUCAUCGUCGUCCACACACGAAAGAAGGGCUCCUCUGCUUUCAGCUUCGCAGCUCGUUGUACAGUUGAUCCAAGUCAUAGAAGGAGCGUAAGGGGGAUUGCAUGUGCCAGGCAAGUUAGAAGCAUGUUCACCGGAGGGAUAAAGUGAACUUAACACCUAGAGCGUUGAGGAUAGAUUUUCCUACUCUACUGGAUACAGAGUGGAUUAGAAGUUACCGAUUGAUGCAAUAUCUGCUUCAUAAUAUCAGCAUUUUCUCAGAUUCUGCAUAUAAGCAAUUGCUGAGUAGCAUUUUGUACUUAUUAUACCUUCCCUUCCUUUCAAGUUUCCUUUUCCAGCUGCUUUUGCUCCUUUAUUCUCUAAACCCAUAUUUAUUCUUGAAUAGGAAAAGGUUGGCUUCUCCUAUGAGAUAAUUUUAGUCCCAGAAAAGAACCUGAAUGCUAUUCAUUAUUGAUAUGAUUGUAUAGAGUGACAAUCUUUGGAAGGUUGGAAAAUGGCUUUUGUUUCGGAGGAAGAGACAACUAAUGAGUACCUUUUCAAGAUUGUAUUGGCCGGUGAUUCAGCUGUUGGGAAAUCGAAUUUACUUGCAAGAUUCGCGAGGGAUGAAUUCUACCCUAAUUCCAAGUCAACCAUAGGAGUGGAGUUUCAAACCCAGAAGGUGGAUGUAAAUGGGAAAGAAGUCAAGGCACAGAUCUGGGAUACAGCUGGUCAAGAGCGCUUUAGGGCUGUUACAUCUGCAUAUUACCGAGGUGCAGUUGGAGCUCUCCUUGUUUAUGACAUCAGCAGACGACAGACUUUUGAAAGCAUCGGCAGAUGGCUAAAUGAACUUCAGUCUCACUCGGAUAUGAAUGUAGUCACCAUUUUAGUAGGCAACAAGUCGGAUCUCAGAGAUGCGAGGGUAGUAUCCACUGCUGAAGGAAAGGCCUUGGCGGAGGCACAGGGUUUGUUUUUCAUGGAGACUUCUGCUCUUGAUUCGUACAAUGUAGUAGCCGCAUUUCAGACAGUCGUAAAAGAAAUCUACAAUAUAUUGAGCAAGAAAGUUAUGAUGUCUCAGGAGCUGAAGAAGCCGGAGUCAUCUUCAUUUAACGGGAAGACUGUGGUUCUACAGUUGGAAGAGAACCAGCAAACUGAUACGACUCCAACUGGUGGUGGUGGGUGCUGUUAGUCCUAAUGCUUCAUAAAUAUAAACCCUAUGCUCCGGUCCAGUAGGUUCAGCCUAAAGUUUCAAACUGGAACAAGUUGCGGUAAUUUAUUCUUGCAUUGUUCAUUUUUUGAUGCACUGCUGGUAAAAUGUUAAUAAACAUUUGUUCGACUUGUUCACGGUAAUCUUAUGGUGGC